CUCCAGCAUGAUGUUGUGUCCUAGUGCAGGUACCAUGCUGCAUGAUCGCUUUUUUUCAAAUACAAGACUCCAUGAUCCUCAGCACCAUGCGGAAACGAAGUAGGGUGCAUCUGAGUGAAACAACAGUCCGCAGCAUCUGCCAAAGAUGGAAGCAUAGACGUGCUGGCAGACUGUCGACAAUUUCUAUCCACGACGUCGCUCGUGCUUGUGAACUACGACAGAGAAAAACUUUUAGGAGGCUGUGCAACAAUUGGACCCCCUUUCGCCAUGGCGAAAGGGGGGGUAGCGGCCCGCUGGAGACCAACCUCCCGGAAGCGGAUGAAAUCCUGGCCCACGUAGAGUGGCAAGGUUCGUUUCUCCGGCAAAAAAAUCGGGACGCCGAUGUGGUACAUAUUGCAAGGAAAAAUCUCCCCUCCCCAUAUUAAACAGGGACACUUCUUAAAAUUUGUGAUGCCGAUUUGACACCACACAUCGUCUCUGUGUUGCAAGAAGGCAAAUCCGAAAACUCCUCCGCGUUGUUCUGAAGGCAAUUUGUAAUGCUGGAUGGCCUACGGAGGAUGGCCUACUGUCGACAAUUUCUAUCCACGACGUCGCUCGUGCUUGUGAACUCGGGCAUAUUCGGUGAGCCAGUCAAGGCACCAAUAUGCAAACCCAAGCCGCUGGCUAACAACAACCUGCUGAUCGUAAUCAGCAGGGCGAUUUUCAACGAAAGUAUCCCUUUCAACAUUCUUUCUGUCAGCAUUUUGCUGCAGAAAGGAUUUCGCUUUAGCACGGACCUGACAAAGCUCUUCCUCCCCGGCCAGGAGAAGAAGAGCGUUAGCAUUCAUAGAUUCCAAAAUGGUUUGUUUUAUGUAGUUUUCCACAAAAAUACCUCCAAGGAGGAGCACACGUGUCUAACUUACAGCUACGAAGACCACUGCCGCAGCGCACACAUACUGCCAUACCGCGGGUUCUGCCAGAGUUGCACGAUCUCCAGAGCAGCAAAGGCUCCACACCGGGCGGGGCCGCGGGAUGACCAGUACGAGGGCCGACUGACAUUCAAUGACGAAAUCAGCACGGACCUCUGCGGCCCAAUUCUACCGGAGUCCAUACACGGACACAAAUUUGCGAUGACCAUAGCGGACAAGAAGACGCGGCUGCCGGAGGUGGCGCCGUUGCGCCGCAAGGCUGACAGCGUCAAUGGCCUGCGACUCUGGAUCGCGAAGCACACCGCCCCGCGCCGGCUGAAGUCGGACAAUGGUGGCGAAUUUAUUUCGGAGCGGUUCCGGGCCGAGUGCCGGGCUAACAGAAUAGUCCAAGUCUUCACCUCCUACUACUCCUCGCCGAUGAAUGGCGGCGCGGAGGUGUUGAACAAGCUGGCCCUCGCGGGCACAAGAACACUCAUCGCUGACUCCGGACUGCCGAAAAAAUUGUGGUGCUAUGCGAUAAAGCACUACGUUUUCUGUUUGUCGAUAAUGCCGCGAAAGUGCCUGAAUGGCAGCAACUCCCACCGGGAAGCCUACGGUGAGGACUUCGACACGGCCAAACUUCUUCGCUUCGGCGAGGAAAUAUUUUACAACACGAAACCGCAGGGCAAGACUGUGGACAAUUUCUAUCCACGACGUCGCUUGUGCUUGUGAACUACGACAGAGAAAAACUUUUAGGAGCCCGUACGAUUAAUCGACCCCCUUCUCGGUAUCGAG